CCCCAACAGCCGGAGCUUCAGUUGCCCCAGCAGCCAAGCUACCCUCCCCAACAGCCGGAGCUUCAGUUGCCCCAGCAGCCAAGCUACCCACCCAAGCAGCCGGAGCGUCAGUUACCCCAGCAGCCAAGCCACCCUCCCAAGCAGCCGGAGCUUCAGUUGCCCCAGCAGCCAAGCUACCCUCCCCAGCAGCCGGAACGUCAGUUGCCCCAGCAGCCAAGCUACCCUCCCAAGCAGCCAGAGCUUCAGUUGCCCCAGCAGCCAAGCUACCCUCUCCAGCAACCGGAGCUUCAGUUGCCCCAGCAGCCAAGCUACCCUCCCAAGCAGCCGGAGCGUCAGUUGCCCCAGCAGCCAAGCUACCCUCCCCAGCAGCCGGAGCGUCAGUUGCCCCAGCAGCCAAGCUACCCUCCCCAGCAGCCGGAGCGUCAGUUGCCCCAGCAGCCAAGCUACCCUCCCAAGCAGCCGGAGCGUCAGUUGCCCCAGCAGCCAAGCUACCCUCCCAAGCAGCCGGAGCGUCAGUUGCCCCAGCAGCCCCAGCAGGAGCUGGAAGCCCCCCAGCUGCAAUUUCCCCAGCAGCAACGCUACCCAGCCCAGCAAGGGCAUGUUCCACAGCCAAAACUGCCCCAGAAGCCAGAGCAGCAGCCUGAACGUCAGGUGUCCCAGCAACAACUGCCCCAGCAACAUCCUAGCUAUCCACCCUGGCGUCAGUUGCCCCAGCAACAGCUGCCCCCGCGUCAGUUGCCCCAAAAGCCUCAGCAGCAAUUGCCUAAUCAGCCUGGCUACCCUUCCCAGCAAUGGCAAGUUCCCCAGCAACAGCCUAGCUACCCGCCCCAGCGUCAGAAGCCCCAGCUGCCCAAAAAGCCCCAGCAGCAGUUGCCCCAGCAGCAGUUGCCCCAGCAGCAGUCAGGCUAUGAGAACCAGCAGCCUGAGCAGUCAGGAUACCUGUCGAACAACCUGAACAAGAUCUAUGGUUCUUACAUGCAGAGACCGGCUAACCGGUUACCGAUGCCUUCCUUCCCAUCCAAGAAGUUGCCUUGGCAGAAGUUGCCUUGGCAGAAGUUGCCUUGGCAGAAGUUGCCUUGGCAGAAGUUGCCUUGGCAGAAGUUGCCUUGGCAGAAGUUGCCCUGGCAGAAGUUGCCUUGGCAGAAGUUGCCCUGGCAGAAGUUGCCCUGGCAGAAAUUGCCUGGGCAGCCGCGUUACCUGCCUAAGUUCAUGAACAAGAGGCAGCAGCCAAACCUCAUUGAUUAUGAAACUGUUGCCCAAGGAGUUGCUUCCCGAAUGGCUUCAAAUGGGUACAGCACCAAUGGUGACGAAAGAGGCUAUGGCUAUGAACUUGCUCAAGUCCAGAGCAGCAAUGGGCGGGGUGACACUGAAGGUUCGUCAAAGACUGCUUUCAACUGAGCCCUGUAUUGCCCUUUCAAAAUAAAAAAGUGUAUCAAUUCA